UGAGUAAAUGAAAGAAUAUUUUACUUUUGGGUGAACUAUCCAUUUAAGCGCCCCACCCCUCAAGUUCCCAUUACCGUAAUGCUAAUAAUAAAUCUCAUUCUUAUUACUGUAAUAUAAAAAAAGUUAUGUAUUAAGUAAAUUGUAUAUAUACUUUAUUUUAUGUAUAACUCAGUAAUACAGAUACAUCUUUUUUUUAAUUGGACUACUGUAAAGAUAUUACAGUAAUUAGUAUCACUAUUGAGAAUAAUGGAAAGUAUGCAUUAUGGCAUUUAUAAUUGGGGGGUGAAUUAAAAAUUGUACAAUUAAAAGGCUUCAUUUUCUUUAUUUUCUGUCUAAUUUCUUUUGGAUUGUAGGGUGGUUUCUUGUAGUUUUUGUGCGUGAACUUUAUAUACAGUACUGUGCAAAAGUCUUAGGCACAUAAGAUGCUUUUUUCUUUAACAUUUGUCUUUAAGAUGGUUAUUUAUAUCUUCAGCUUUAGUGUGUCAAUAAUAAAUAUACAUUUUAGACUCCCAAACAUUUCUUUUGCAAAUAGAAUAGAAUAGAAGAACAGGGAGCCCUGCAACAGAUGUCCCCCACUGAAUAUUGAGUCAGUCUGGGAUUAGAUGAAGAGACAGAAGCAAUUGAAACAGCCUAAAUAGAUAGAAGAACUGUGGCGAAUUCUCCAAGAAGCUUGGAACAUCCUAUCUGCCAGCAACCAAGAAAAACUGUAUCCAGGUGUACCUAGGAGAAUUGGUGCUGUUUUAAAGGCAAAGGUGGUCACACCGAAUAUUGAUUUAGCUUUUUUGUUUACUGGACUUUGUAUGAUGUUAACUGAUAAAUGAAAACUAUUUAUGUCAUUAUUUUUGAAGACAUCCUCACUAUGCAACAUUUUUCACACAUGCCUAAAACUUUUGCACAGUACUGUAGAUAUAAAAGAUAAUGAUGAAAAAACAAACAAAAAUAACAACAAUAGAUUGCGUAAUCCAUUGAACGCCACACAGCUGUUGCUGUUGCUCAAGUCAGGUAAUUAGAUUCCAUUCAUUAGGUAACUGCUGCUUUCCUCUUUAGAUGACAGGAACUGCAUUAUAUGCUCUUUAGAGCCAGCACGAACAUGAUGAAUUUAGCAGUAAUACAAUACUUCCACAUUUAACUAUCUUCCUAAAAUUCUUCCUGCAGUGAAAAGGUUGGAUGACAAAAGGUCAAGAUGAGAAUAGGUGUUGUUUACUGAGGGACUAAAAAAAUCCUCCCAGCGGUUCUUUUAUUCAAACAGAGCAUAAGAUCAUGAAGGGGGCUGGAUGUGGCGUUUACUCAAGAUGCACUGAAUGGCUCGUCUUCAGUGGUUCCUUAGCGAGUUUCUCCAGCAUGCUCAACAACAGCAUAGAAAGCACCCUGACCGAAGAAUCAUUCUUUGUGUCUGGAAGACCACGUUGGGCAUAUGGGAUAGUAGGCGUUAUCAUCAUUGUUCUUAUAACCAGCUGCUUUUGCCUGCUAACUGUCCUGGGCAACGUGCUGGUUCUGCUAUCAAUCAAAGUCAACCGCAAUCUUAGAACCAUCAACAACUACUUCCUCUUUAGUCUGGCUUGUUCUGACCUAAUCGUUGGCAUGUUCUCCAUGAAUCUCUACACUGUGUAUGUUGUUAAAGGAUACUGGCCAUUUGGUCCAUGGAUGUGCAACCUGUGGUUGGUUGUGGAUUACGUGGUCAGUAACGCCUCAGUGAUGAACCUCCUAGUGAUCUGUUUCGACCGCUACUUCUGCGUGACCCAGCCUCUAAGUUACCCAGCCAGGCGUACUGCAAGGUGGGCAGGUGCAAUGAUCGCCACAGCCUGGUUGCUAUCUCUGCUUCUUUGGGCUCCAGCGAUCCUGCUUUGGCAGGUUGGACAAGACGGACACAAGGUCCCAGAGGGCCAAUGCUACAUCCUACUCCUCGCCAACCCUGCUGUAACCCUCGCAACCACCAUCCCUGCUUUCUAUAUUCCUGUUGUAAUAAUGACGGUACUGUACACUAGGAUAUCCCUGGCCAAUCAGAGACGGGUUUGUAAGUUGAAGCUUGAAUUCACAAACCUGCUUGAACCUUCCAAGACAAGUGGAGGACUAUUUAAUGAAACCAACCCUGACAUAGUGACUGAUGUUAAACUGGAUGAGACCUCAGUCCGAAAGAAGCGUAUCUGCAGCCUACCAUCCAUAGAGACCACAAUGGACAACUCUAUAGAUCUGAGCCAUGAUGCCUCUUUGGAAGACCAAAGGCUAGAUGGGGAAACAUCAAAACCGAAGACCUUAACCAAGUGUACGGAGAACUACACUAGUCGACAGGCUCAACGCUCAGCAUCCAAAGUUCUCCAAGAUGUUUCUAAGUUGGCCAGACGAAAGGCUUUGAGAGAGAGGAAGGUGACUAAGACCAUCCUUGCCGUUCUUCUGGCCUUCUUCUUCACCUGGACGCCCCAUAACGUCAUGGUUCUGAUUGGAACCUUCUGUCGCUGGUGUGUCCCAGAAAUUCUGUGGAUAGUGGGCUAUUUUCUGUGCUACAUCAACAGUAUGAUUAAUCCGGUAUGCUACGCUCUCUGUAACGCCACCUUCAAAAGAACAUUUAAACGACUGUUGAUGUGCCAGUUUAAAAAGCUGGGGUUAAAAUGAAUAGUAUCUUCAGUCUCUUAAUGAAAACUUACAACAAAUCAAUCAAGAACUUGAUUUGCUAAAAUGUUUUGUGACUGUGAAAGUGAUUGACAAGAGGCAAAAGCAAAAAAAAAAAAAGGUGCUGGUUGAGGUGUUUUAUGUUUGAUUUGUCACUUAGUUACCGUAAAGUCAAGUUUGUAAGAUUUUCUUUUUGCGCAAUAAACAGGUAAAAACUCUUUGGGCCUCGUUCAUGAAACACAAACAAAAUAAAUUUUUCUGUAAAUUUGUUCAUAAAUC